AUGGGAAGAGGCGACGAAGAUGAUAUGGAUUACGAGGUAGUGAUGGAAGACGAUGAAGACUCCUUCGAAGGAGAAGAGAAUGUUAAUGACGAAUUGGGCCAUGUUGUUGAGUCACCCACCCCAUUGAUGGUUAAAGCGGACACAACCCAGUUUUUUCGAACAAAGAUGUAUGCUAGGAGAUGUGGCUGUAGGCAUGGAGUAGUUGUGGUUGUUAAAAGAUCAUACUUGAAUGAUCUGAAGAGAACCUCUAGGAUUUUAUUUGGGUGUGAGAGGAGUGGUGGAUACAGGGCAAAAUGCAUUCCAAAGAAGAUAAGAUCAUCAACAAAUAAAUGUGGAUGCCCAUUUUCUCUGAAAACUCAAUUGAUAGAUGCAGCAACUGGGACAUGGGGGUUGGUUGUUAUGAAUGGGAAGCACAAUCAUGCUUUGGUAAAAGCUUUUGAAGGGCAUUCAUAUGUAGGUAGACUAAGUGUAGAGGAAAAGGCAACUGUUGAGAGGCUAAGCAGGUCAGGGGUGAAGGCAAGGGAAAUACUAAAUCACUUGAAGCUCAAGGAUCCAACAAAUGCAUCAACAAUCAAGACACUUUACAAUGCCAGAAAUGCUCUAAGGCUAUCUGAGACAGCUGGUAAGUCACAUAUGCAACAUUUGUUCAAGUUAUUAACUGAGAAUGGUUACGUUACAAAGCAUUGUUAUGAACCAGAAACAGAGGUGUUACAAGACUUGUUUUGGCGUAACUCUACUUCAAUUCAGCUGGCCAAAGCUUUUCCUUUUGUUAUUAUGCUAGACUACGCAUACAAGACCAACAAAUAUAUACUAUCUUUGCUGCAAUUUGUUGGAGUUACUUCUACAAAGAAGACAUUCUCAGUUGCUUUUUGCUAUAUGAGUUCAGAGAAACAAGACAAUUAUGUGCGGGCUUUGAAUUGCAUAAGAGACUUUUUUGAUACAGUAUUGGCAGGUGUGUUCAUAUGUGAUAGAGAGAUUGCUUUGAUGAAUGCACUGAAGACUGUUUUUCCAAGUGCCAAGAACAUUCUAUGUUGA